GAGGGGGAGGAGGAGGGACCCGCCCUCCGCGCUUCGGUUGCGGGGCAUGUGUGGCCGCAAGCGCCCGCUGCUGCUGUCCCGGGGCUGAGUCGUGUCCGGGUGUCUGGGACGGCGAGUGCACGAGUGUGUGUGUCCACGCGGGCGAGCUCCGCGCCGGCCCCAAGCCUCGCGUUCGCUCCCCGGGGCCGCGGUGCAUGUUCGCCUUCUGCCGCUGUGUGCCGAGAGGCAGGAGGACUAUGAAAAUGAUCCACUUUCGGAGCUCCAGCAUCAAAUCGCUCAGCCAAGAGAUGAAAUGCACCAUCCGGCUGCUGGACGACUCGGAGAUCUCCUGCCACAUUCAGAGGGAGACCAAAGGGCAGUUUCUUAUUGACCACAUCUGCAACUACUACAGCUUACUGGAGAAGGACUACUUCGGCAUUCGUUAUGUGGACCCAGAGAAGCAGCGGCACUGGCUUGAACCUAACAAGUCCAUCUCCAAGCAAAUGAAAUCUCAUCCACCAUACACCAUGUGCUUUAGAGUGAAAUUCUACCCACACGAACCCUUGAAGAUUAAAGAAGAGCUCACAAGAUACCUUUUGUACCUUCAAAUUAAAAGAGAUAUUUUCCAUGGUCGACUGCUCUGUUCCUUCUCUGACGCUGCCUACCUGGGUGCCUGUAUUGUUCAAGCUGAGCUCGGUGAUUACGAUCCUGAUGAGCAUCCUGAGAAUUACAUCAGUGAGUUUGAGAUUUUCCCCAAGCAAUCACAGAAGCUGGAAAGAAAAAUAGCAGAAAUCCAUAAAAAUGAACUCAGAGGCCAGAGUCCACCAGUUGCUGAAUUUAAUUUACUCCUGAAAGCUCACACUUUGGAAACCUAUGGAGUGGAUCCACACCCAUGCAAGGACUCAACAGGCACAACAACAUUUUUGGGAUUUACUGCUGCAGGCUUUGUGGUAUUUCAGGGAAAUAAGAGAAUCCAUUUGAUUAAAUGGCCGGAUGUCUGCAAAUUGAAGUUUGAAGGGAAGACAUUUUAUGUGAUUGGCACCCAGAAAGAGAAAAAAGCCAUGUUGGCAUUCCAUACUUCAACACCAGCUGCCUGCAAACAUCUCUGGAAGUGUGGAGUGGAGAACCAGGCCUUCUAUAAGUAUGCAAAAUCCAGUCAGAUCAAGACUGUGUCAAGCAGCAAGAUAUUUUUUAAAGGAAGUAGAUUUCGGUAUAGUGGUAAGGUUGCCAAAGAGGUGGUGGAAGCGAGCUCUAAAAUCCAGAGGGAGCCUCCGGAGGUGCACAGAGCCAACAUUACCCAGAGCCGCAGUUCCCACUCCUUGAACAAACAGCUCAUCAUUAACAUGGAACCCCUGCAACCCCUGCUGCCUUCCCCCAAUGAGCAGGAAGAGGACCUUCCUCUGGGUGAGGGUAUUCCAUUGCCCAAAGAAGAUGACAUUUCUGCCCCCUUGAUCUCCAGCUCACCAGUGAAGGAAGUGCGGGAGCAUGAAGACCCCCCAAGCGAAGAGGAAGAUAAAAUAAAAGAAGAACCUUUAACUAUCUCUGAACUGGCGUACAACCCAAGUGCCAGCCUGCUCCCCACCCCAGUUGACGAUGAUGAGAUUGACAUGCUCUUUGACUGUCCAUCUAGGCUUGAGUUGGAAAGAGAAGACACAGAUUCAUUUGAAGAACUGGAAGCAGAUGAAAAUGCCUUUUUGAUGGCCGAAGAAGAGGAGCUGAAGGAGGCUCACCGAGCUUUGUCCUGGAGCUAUGACAUUCUGAGCAGCCAUAUUCGGGUGAACCCACUGGUCAAGAGUUUUUCCAGGCUCCUUGUGGUGGGCCUGGGGCUGCUGCUCUUUGUAUUUCCCCUCCUCCUCCUCCUUUUGGAGUCAGGUAUUGAUCUCUCCUUCUUAUGUGAAAUCCGACAGACGCCAGAGUUUGAGCAGUUUCACUAUCAAUAUUACUGUCCUCUCAAGGAGUGGGUGGCUGGCAAAGUAACUCUCAUUCUCUACAUGCUGGGUUGCUCGUAAAGUUCAUAUCUCAUAUGACUAAGGGCUAUAUUCAAUACAAGGUUUUUUUUUUUGUUUGUUUUUUGUUUGUUUUUUCAGCAAAUGCCUGGUUCUGAAUAGUCAUGGGGCCAUCAAUAGUGUAUCUUACUCAAGACUGAUUGUUCAAACCUUUAAGUUAGCUUUCCAUAAUUCACUGUACUUAAAUAAGUUUAAAUCAAAUAAUUUUAGUUAUAGGUCAGGAAGAUGGCCUUUAAGUAACCAAAAAUGUUUAUUUUUUAUUAUAUCAGAGAUAUACUCUUUAUUAUAUCAUAAUACCUAAUACCUUGAGCUGAAUUUGAUUUCCCUUUUUUUAAUUAGCACCAUUACAAUCUAUAAAGUUCAGAAUUUUAGUAAAAAUCUGAGAAAGUUUUUGAAUAUAAUCCUUAGUGAAAAUAAUGUCCUCUAACCAAUGCCUAUACAACUAAAUUUAUGCUGGGUUUUCGUUUUUGUUUUUUUAAAAAUAUUUUUAUGUGUUCAAAAUAUUUUGGUAAGUUUUUAGCAAAAAAAAAAAGCCUCCUGGAGUUAUUUAAGUGUACAGAUUGUAAGAUGAAUGCACAAAAGGUAUGUCGGUAAUUUUUUAAUGUUUUGGCACUGGUUUGUUUUUAAAAAUGUUUUGGUUAUGUUACCUGCAUAUGAGAUAGACAAUAGAUAGAAAGACACUGUAGUAAAUAAGCUCCUAAAACAGAUAAUGAAACUAGAGGAUGUAGAAACUGACCAUCAAGUGGACACAGGGUGGUCCAUUUUUCAAAGUAUUUGGACAAAAUGACUUGUUACUUUCGUUUGCAUUCUGUCCACAUAUUUUGGCUGGGGAAGCAGAACAUUUUUAAAAGAAUGUGAAACUUUAAAGGAAAAAAGUUAAAAGAUAUGCCAGUUAAUUGCAUGUUAUUGUACAUUAACCCAAGAGUGGAAGCAGAUGGGAACUGAACAAAUGGCAAGUAGCAAAAAGAAUUUUGGUGAGGCUGGUAGGUAAGUGGUGAGAGGCAAAUGAUGUAUUUUAUGGAAGUUAUGAUGGUGCAAGGUAUUGGAUGAUGUAAAGAACAGUGCAGCACUUGCUGUCCAAGUUGACAUGAAUAUAUUUAAGUGGUUCUAAAUAAAAGUGGAAAAAUUUUAAGUCACACUUUUGGUCCCUCAUGGCAUUCACAGAUUCUGUGGAAGAAACUUCAAAAGAAGUGUGUGUAUGAGAGAGGAAGAAAGAGGAAGUCAGGGAGAGAAUGGAUUUUGGCUUUUUGAUAAUGCUGAUGAUCUUUUGUGAUGGUCAUUAUACUCCUUCCUUUCCUCGUUUUCUUUAAGAUCUUAACUCAAUUCACAAUUGGGGCUCACAUUAAGAAAGUGGAGGAGAAUCAUUAGAUGAUAUACCGUUUCAGCUUGGGUGAAGCAGUGAAAUGACUCAGUAGAGGGGACAAAUGUUCUAGUACAUUCCUUCAUAUCAUUAAAUCUAUGACAGAAAGGAAAGAGUAUGGAGUUUUGACAUGGAGCACUGGGAUUUCUCCAUGGAUUGAAAAUGUUCAUUGCCUUCAUUAAGAAGAGAUUGGGCUGCCUGUAAUCUGUAACUCUAAAAGACACUGUAGCUCUGUCGUUAGCAGAAUUUCCAAAUCGACCAUUCCAGCCCUACUUAUUCAUGGGGCUCUGAGUGCUUUAUUAAAUAUUUAAUUUUGAAAAUAAGUUUUAAAAGUCAGUGCAUGAAGACUUCAGUUGAGCAAACUGUAAUAUACAUUUAUAGCUAUUAGUGCUAUUAAGUUUGUAGGUGUUCUUUUUCACAUGCUUUUAGUGAUUUAUUUUACUUUUUAAUAAAGAAUGUUUAAUACCUGAAAUUUGAUAAUAUACAAAUAUACUUUCUAGAGCUUAUUUUGGAAGUUUGCAUAUGGCCAGCCUUGAAAUUGAAGUUCUUUUUUCCUUUUUAUUAUGUGACUUCAAAGUCAUACUUUCUGAUAUAAGGGCCCUCCAGUGUAGUCUCUGAUAGUGUUCCAAUUAUGCUACAUAUAAUUUUCUUUGAAGUUCUAACCAUGACAAAUCAUCUAGCCCUCAUCCUUUAAAAAUAUUAAAUAAUAUUUCUAAAUUAUGGGAGUAAUAUAUUGCCCAUCAUAAAACAUUUGAAAAAUACUGACAGGAUAAGUAUCACACAUAGUCCAACCAUGCAGAUUUAUAUUAAGUAGUAACAAAUAUGUUAUUUUUAACAUUUCCAGCUAACUUCUCUUGGGCAAAAACUUCACUGUUGAAUAGAAAUGUUUUUAAGUGAAGGAGUUGACAGGAGAGGGUCUGCUGAAUUUAAACAACAGCCACCAAAAGUGGGAUCCUGAAAUGCCAUUUUGUCGGGAUAGAAUCAGAGCCUUUUUAGAAAUACCACUUAAGUUUGAAGAAGACAGUUACCAGUUGCCUGAGUCAAAGGAGGAAAAGACUGCUUCCAGGGUGGAGGGUAUGUAAUAUAGUGAGAUACAGAGGUCAAAGCAAGUGUGUGAGUAUAUGUAUAUUCCAUAUUAUUGGUAUACAUGUGUUUAUAUAUGAAUCUGUAUAUAUGUGUGUAUUUGUAUACACACAACUGAUAUGCCCUUCAUACACAGUUGUGUUUACUUUUCCCCAAUUGAAGAAUUUGUGACAUGUUAUUCUUUUCCCCUCAGAUAUCAUGGUGGAUAUAACGCAGUCUCAAAAGUUCCAAUUUUCCAUGAAAACCACUGUGUGUACAUUUGUGGUUUUAUAUACAUACAUAUAUGGCAAAUACAUAUACACACACAAUCUUGUCUUUAGUGCUAAUGCAAGUUGGAUCAUAAAAAAAAGUAGGUAAAGUACCGUGUUUGUGUCUCUGCUUGGAACAUACUGUAAAAUGUUAUGUAUUUGAAUAUAUUUUGUGGCUUGUCUAAUAUUUAUAAAAUCAACUCUGGGAAGAAUUCACAAUGAAUUGAUUUCAUUGAAAUACUAGAGAUAUGGGGCCAUGUUACCUAUGAUUGGAGCCUUAUCUUUGUAUAGUGAAAUUUGCAUUUCUAUGUCAACAGAUUGUUUUAUAUGUUAAUAUGGUGGCAGGAAUCCCUAAUAAAAGUACUCUGGGGAAAAAUG